UGGAUUGUGUUGCAACCCAAGUGGCCUAAGAGAGCAAUUAUCCCAUAAAUAAAAUAGAGAGUUUCGAUAUUUAUCACGUUGAAAACUGAGAGUCUAUCAGAUUUUACUGCAGAGUCCAGACUGACGUAGAACGGGAGGCAACGCAAAGGUGAAGAAAAUGGCGAGCUCCUCCAGGAAGAGAGUACUGAUAGGCUGUACCGGUAGCGUCGCCACGAUCAAGCUGCCGCAGCUGGUGGAGAUGCUGCGACAGAACAAUCUGGAGGUGAGGGUGGUCGUGACGGAGAGAGCCAAGCACUUCCUGAAGGACGCCCAGCUGCCGCCUGAGAUCCAGGUCUUGUCCGACACAGUGGAGUGGGCCGCCUGGCAGGACCGCGGCGAUCCGGUGCUGCACAUAGAUCUAGUGAAAUGGGCGGACGUGUUCGUGAUAGCGCCGUUGGAUGCCAACACUCUGGGCAAGAUUGCCAGUGGCAUAUGCGACAAUAUCGUUACCUGCGUGGCACGCGCAUGGGACCCUGCCAAGCCGUUCCUCUUCUGCCCAGCUAUGAACACCAAGAUGUGGGAGCAUCCAAUUACAAUGCCUCAAGUAUCGCUGCUCAAAUCCUGGGGCUACAAGGAGGUGCAUUGCAUAACCAAGAUGCUGAUGUGCGGCGAUGCGGGAAUAGGCGCGAUGGCCGAAGUGGACACGAUCGUGCGAUCCGUUCUGCGAGCCUUGAAUCCCUGGAUGGAUCAGUCGGAUCUGUGUCCCUAGCAGCGGCUGAGAUCGGCCUCCUCGUGCGAGCCUCGUCGACGACGCGAGUAUCGAUGAAGCUCUGUCACGUCGUGAGCGCCGAUAUCAGGAUCUCCAAAGACGCGCUAUGGUGCGAUUCGAACAUACGCUUAUAAUGAUUAAUAAAGAUACACGCCAAGAUGUCGCUUAUCUCUAAUAAAAAAUUGAGAGGAGCCUAAGACCCGAAUCUUUCGAACCCGUAUACGGCUCGUGUAAUCAAGAAUUUACGUUUAUUAGCGAAAACGCAUUCAUAAAUUUUUCUCGAGUUACGUUGUUCACCGAGAAUUUCAUUCUUUCGUUGCUCUUAUAGGACGAACUACGUCAUCGUUAGGUCAUUGUUAGGUAGGAACCUACGUAAGUUAUACGCGAACAGCGAAAUCUGAGUUUGAACGCAUCAUGGUCGUCAUAUCCUUUGCUCAACCUGGAAUAAAUCAAUCGUACCGUGAGGAACAAACGAGAUAAUCGUAAUUUUAUCUGUCCAGUUGAAAUGCGAUGUAUAAAAAUGCUCUAAAGAAAAGGGAAAAUUCUGUUGACAUAUCCUAAAGUUGAUCCGCUGGAAUGUACAAUGCUUUUGUUAAAUAUAUGAACAAUAUAUAAAUAUAUAUAUAUAUGAAUUACAAA